CCCGCCGCCACCGCCCUAUAAGUGGUCGCAGGGCCAUGGGGCUCAGCAGCCCUCUCCCGCCAUGGAGCCGGUCGAGAAGCUCCAGCUGGACGCGCUCGCCUACCUGCAGUGCGCCCUGGGCCUCCUGGGCUCCGUGGUGCUCAGGCGGGUGGACUCGGCCUACGGGCGCUACGCGUCGCCGGGCCUCGCCUUUCGGGUGCCCGCGCGGGCCGCCUGGGCGCUGCAGGAGCUGCCCUCGCUGGCCGUGCCGCUGUGCGUGUGCGCCGGCACGGCGGCGGAGCGCCUCCGCCGCGCGCCCAACCGCAUCCUCCUGGCCAUGUUCCUCGUUCACUACGCGCAACGGUCCUUGAUUUUCCCAUUUCUGAUCCGAGGAGGAAAGCCCAUGCCCUUGUAUACAUUUGUAUUGGCAUUCAUGUUCUGUAUCUAUAAUGGCUACUUGCAAAGCAGAUACUUGAGCCAGUAUGCUGUGUAUGCCGACGACUGGGUCACAGAUCCCCGAUUUCUAGUAGGUUUCUGCUUGUGGUUAAUAGGCAUGCUGAUAAACAUCCAUUCAGACCAUAUCCUGAGGAAUCUCCGGAAACCAGGGGAGACUGGAUAUAAGAUACCAAGGGGAGGCUUGUUCGAAUACGUGACGGCAGCCAACUACUUCGGGGAGGUGGUUGAGUGGUGCGGCUACAGCCUGGCCGGCUGGUCCCUCCAAGGCGGGGCCUUUGCCCUCUUCACCUUCUGCAUCUUAUUCACCCGGGCCCGGCAGCAUCACCAGUGGUACCUUGAAAAAUUUGAAGAUUAUCCAAAGUUCAGAAAAAUUAUAAUCCCAUAUUUGUUUUAAGUCCAUUGUCAAUGGACUCAUCUUGGACUUGCGGCAUUUCAUGAUUAUAUAAAUGAAUUAUGUCUCUGCCGUUUUCCUGCUCCUUCAUCUUUUUCAAGAUUUGCUGUAGGCAUUUUUUCCUAUGAAUUUCUAAGCUACCUAAUGGCAAACUAAUCAGACUGGAAUGCAGGUUGAACGACUGGGCUGCAUAUUGGGUCAAGAAUCGGGAACUCUGGGUCAUUCCAGCUGACCGUUUCUCUGCUUUUGGAGUCUCCUGUUUUGACUACGUACAGCUAAGUGUGCACAAGACCAGAAUGACAAGCCAUCUCUGGUGGCCUCUGUGGGCUGAAACACACCCCUGCCCCUCACAACCCAUUCCAGCCAUCAGUCCAAGGCCAAAGGCCAUGUUCCUCCCUCCCCUGAUAAAGGCAGGCCCGCCUCUCUGGUUCCUCUCAUCCUGCUGGGUCAGAGGCCAGGGGCACCCACGGUGUGGUGGUGUUCCCACAGCCCCAGGGGAAUGCCUGGGCUCUCACUGUGGGUGUUGUGGGGCAGAGACCUUGAGGCACAGCAAGGAGUCCAGCUGAGGCCCGGACAAAAGGCAUCUGGCACUUUCUACAGCCUGGCUCCCCAGAUGACUCCACAGCAGGGCAGGGUGCUGGGUGUGCUCCUAAGGGGUAAACCGCUCUGUCUCCCACUGAAAGGACUUAGAGCCCCCAAGGCAGCGGGGAGCCUCCUUAUGCUGAUUGCCAGAGGCAUUGGUAGGCUCUGGUUCAAGAUGAUUUUUUCUUCCUUCUGGGUAGAACUGGGAUGUUGGAAGGUACUUCUUUACCUUCAAUAUUGCAAAACAAUAUCUUGAAACAGAAUUCCUUACUCUAGAUGCUCUUGAGAGGUCCACGGAGAUAAAUGGCAGUAGUAAAAUUUACUGCCUAUUGCCAGAUAUUUAAAAGCAAUCUCCAACUAGAAGGCUGUUCAAUCUCUGGGCCACUCCGUGAAGCUCUGAUGGACACACGGUGGAGGUCCCCUCCUGGCCUGGGACAGCGCUGCCUGGGUGGCCGCCACCUCCACAGAGUGGGAAACCACAGGAGCAGGGGAAGGAAGGAGCAGACUGUUCACUCUGGCCCACUGACACUGCUCUGUAGGUGGGGGGGGGGGCGUCCAGAGCACCCGGCGGGCCUCCUGCACCCUCUCUUGGCUGGCCUUCCCAACCAGGGUCGGUGUCCCUUACAAGGUUUUACACAGAAGCCGUGUUCUCAGGGUGAGUGGAUUUUUAGAGUCUCUUGUGGUUUCAGAAUUCACCAAAAACUUGUCCGGUGCAGCUGUGCUUCAUUUUAACUGGAAACAGCACAUUUUUUUUAACAGAAAUCUUGUUAUUGAAUGAACAUUGUCCCUUUUCCUGGCCAUUUUCCGAUCACUGGAAAACGUGAAGCAUUAAGUAUUCUGGAUUGCCUCAGGAACACCCAAAAUGCCGAGCGCGUCAGGAGAGAUUGAGGCCGCCGUGUUCUGCAAGGUGCACUGGGCAGGAGCAGGAUGCUGGUCUGAGAGCUGGGAAGCUUCCGCGAAUGUUCCUUCUUCAUGUGAGCGGCCGGGGCCACCGGACCUUUGCGUUCACUCAGGCUUUGAUGCGCCCUUACUGGUUUCGCUGGCCUGCACCAGGUGCACGAUUAAUAGGAAGAAUCCCUGUUCUAUCUUGGCUCCCUGCCCUCCCAUUUCUUAAAAACUGUAACUUAGUAAACAGUCAUCAGUUACUGUGUUAAUUACAAUGAGGAGAUUAAUAAAAUUACAUAAAAUCCAGGCA